CGCGGCUAUCAUCAGUAACAAACAGGAUGCGGUGUUGUGUGAUGUUACGGUGCGUCUCGUGCUCGGGAUCUCGUGAGAACGUCAUCGAAACUGCAUUGUUGUGUUAAAAUGUGUUCCCCAAAGAGAGGUUGUGUUACGUAAUUCCGGGUUACUGGCACGAGGAAAGUGGUAAAGUGCGUGAGUCGCGUGGAGGUCAGCUUUAAAAGGCACCGGGGUAACCGAGGGACGUACGUCAAGAUGUCGUCGGGACACAGCAGUCGCAGUAGAGCCGUCCACAUAAGUUCGAUCUUUCAAAAGAUCCAGGGUCGUUUCGCGGACGCGAUGACACCGCCUAAGCUCUCCACGGACAAACGAAUGUUAGACAAGACCUGGAAGCUGAUGGACAAGGUGGUGAAAUUAUGUCAGCAUCAAAGGAUGAAUCUUAAGAAUUCACCUCCGUUCAUCCUCGAUAUUUUACCCGAUACGUAUCAACGGUUACGACUGAUCUACACUAAAUACGAGGAUAGAAUGCAGGUGUUGCACAGCAAUGAACAUUUUUGCGUCUUCAUUAAUAAUCUCAUGAGAAAGUGUAAGCAGGCGAUAAAGCUCUUCAAGGAGGGCAAGGAGAAGAUGUUCGACGAGACUUCACAUUAUCGCAGGAACCUCACAAAGCUUAGCCUCGUGUUCAGCCACAUGCUCUCCGAGCUCAAGGCCAUCUUCCCCAACGGCGUCUUUGCGGGGGAUCAAUUUCGUAUCACCAAGUCCGAUGCCGCUGAAUUUUGGAAGGAACGCUUCGGAAAUAGCACACUGGUCCCCUGGAAAGUAUUCAGGCACGAGCUGAAUCAAGUUCAUCCUAUUAGUUCUGGGCUGCAGGCGAUGGCACUAAAGUCUACGAUAGACCUGACGUGCAACGAUUAUAUAUCUAACUUCGAAUUCGACGUAUUCACAAGGCUGUUUCAACCGUGGUCAACCCUAUUGCGAAAUUGGAAGAUUCUCGCAGUGACGCACCCUGGUUACGUAGCUUUUCUCACGUACGACGAAGUCAAAGCUCGCUUGCAAAAAUAUUGUAUCACCAAGCCGGGAAGCUACGUCUUCCGGUUGAGUUGUACGAGGCUAGGGCAGUGGGCCAUCGGAUACGUCACGUCCGAUGGCGACAUUCUCCAGACUAUACCGCAUAACAAAAGUCUCUGUCAAGCAUUGCUUGACGGUUAUCGAGAAGGCUUCUACUUAUAUCCUGACGGACGUAAUAUUAAUCCGGACUUAACGUGGGCGGUGCAACCAACCCCUGAGGAACAUAUAAAAGUAACGGCGGAGCAGUACGAGUUGUACUGCGAAAUGGGUAGCACAUUCCAGUUGUGUAAAAUUUGUGCUGAAAAUGACAAGGACGUGAGAAUAGAACCUUGUGGCCAUCUUCUCUGUACUCCGUGCCUCACAGCUUGGCAGGACUCGGAAGGUCAGGGCUGUCCCUUUUGCCGUGCCGAGAUAAAGGGUACGGAACAAAUCGUAGUGGAUCCGUUCGAUCCUCGGAGAACCCAUCGACCUGGUGCCCACUCAGCCUCUGCCAGUAAUGCGUCAACCCCUACGCGGGAUCUUGACCCUGACACCGAGGACAUAAUGGAAAUUUGCAACGGCAAUUGCGGUCUGAUGUGCGACGACUGUGACGACUGUGACGACGAGGAUGACGUCAGUCCCAUGAAUUCUCCUGUACCGCCACGAAGAAUCGUACCAAGUCCACCGUUGCCACCUAGAAGACCAUCUCCGUCGCCAACACCCAACUGUCAUCCCAGAAAUGGACGGCAUUUAACAGUGCCUAAAGAGAAUGCACCACCACCACCGGCAGUAAUGGUGAUACUGUCAUCUAGUGAAAAUCAUCAGAACAACAAAGGCACGACGGAAGCGAGAUACGACAUGCUACACAGAGCGUCAUCUCCGUCGCCUAUACCACCUGCAAUCGUCAGACCACACGUCAGAUCGCAUCGUGCGCCUCCUGCUUUACCUGAGAAGUCAGGACGUCAUUCCACAUCCUCACUGUCGUCCACGACACCAUCCACGGUACCAACAGUGCCUCCCGUUCCUCCACCUCUUUCCGCGCCACGGCCGCCAAAGACUCUGAAAGAUAUACCAGAGCAAGAUCAUCACUAUGAGAACACUAUAAUAAUACCUGGUACGAAGCAACACGUCGUUAAGAAUAUCAACCUGGAGAUGAACAGAGCACGACUCACGGCUCUCAUGAGGGGUCGGGAUGAAGCUGGUGGACCCAUAUCUAAGGCUGAAUCUGCUGCUUAUGAGAAUGUCAAUGUAGAGCAUAUCUCUAGACUGACGGCACUUGGCUUUGCUCAGGAUGCCGUUAUACGUGCACUGGGUAUCACUAGGAACGACUUGGAGAUGGCCUGCGACAUACUCCACGAGUUUGCUACCAAAUCUUCCUGACCAGGUACGUGGAGAGCCUGACAUUGAUGGUCCAUGGAUAUCUGAAGAAGAUGACCUCGCCCAGUGCUUUGUUCCUCUCUCGUCGUUAUACAAGGUUUUUUAUUCUUCUUGGAUACAGGGUCUGAUGGAAAUUGCCCACCUGUACCAGCCAGACGGUAUUUUUGACGAUGAAGUUGUAGAGAAAACGUGGACCAUGCUAACUCUGACCCAGGUGGACGUGUUGGCCUUUCUAAUUCCAUCAGAAUGUUACUGAUUGUCAUUAUGCCUGUAUAAAAUUUAAUCCAUUGUUUUGGAAAGGCGUUAGAGGAGCACGAAUUGGAUCUGUACGUUUGAGACUUCUUUUUUACUUUUAUGGCUACAUGGUACAUGUUCAUUUUUACACGUCAGUGGUAUUAUCUUGUAACCAUUUUAUUUUUGGUAUCCAUCACCAUCUUGAAUGCAAGCAUACCAUCGGCUUAGGACGAGCAAAGAUUGUUAAGACGAUUGUUUCCUUGAUGCAGAUGCAACUCGUGCUCGUACGUUACAUAGUAUUCGUAUAAAUAAUAUUCUAUGGGUACGCAGCAUUUUUGGUACCUCGUAAGUGUGUAGCGAUAAACUCGUUAAUGCAAAUAAGUCCGUAAAAUAAUAAUAUUAUCGUUCACAUUAAAAAAGAGAAUCCAUUGCAUGAUGUUUAUUCUAUUUAUUUAUUGUAGCGUAUUCGUCAAAUGUGAUAUUUAUGUUUAUAUCUUACGUACCCACGUACAUUCUGUCAUUGUACUAUAUAUACUGUACUAGGAUCAAUAAAUAACGAAUCGAAGUGACUCGAUAGAUAAUAUAUAUAUUAUAAUAUAUAUAGUGAAUUGUCAGAGGACGUAUAUAUAGCAUCGGUAGACUGAAGUGAUGUGUAAUAACGGCACGCUGCAAACUAUCAUUAACACGAACAAUGUACUUUGCUAACACUUACGUGCAUAUGGCAUUUUAAUUUGACUGAUAAUUUAAUUAUCUCCUUCAGACAAUCAUUAGCUUAUAGUUUUAACGUGAAAUUUAUCGUUGCUGUUAAAAUCCUUUUUCACGACAAAGGAUUCAUUUUCCUUGAUCUUCGAGUUUUCGUUAGUCGUAAAAUUUUGCUAUUCCGUAGGGUAUUUAUGAUAGUGCUUUUCUUUUGCGAAUCCUUGUUCUUUCUUUUUACCGUUUCCAGGAAAAUGUUAAAUUCAAUGUAAAAUUUGAAAAAUGUUCGGCACUGUUGUUAACCGUUGGCGUUAGUCGAUGAUCGAGAAAUUUGUAUGCACUGCGACGCGCAAAACUGACUUCGUUGGUUUAAAAAAUUAUAAACAAUUUAUUUUUAGCCCACGGUAAUCACUGCGUAUUGAUUGACAGAAGCUUUGAGAAUAUUAUGAUCUUCCUUUAAUUUAUCCACCGUCUUACAUAAAGGUCGCGAGUUAAACGUCCGGUACAUUUUACACUAAUGAUUAUAAUAUUAUCAAUAUAUAGUGAGAGUUCAUUGUGUUUAAUGAACUGUUUAUGAUUGUCCGGAAUAGAUAAGAGGUGAAUUGGUCUAUUCUUGCAUGCUGGAAAUAUCCAAUUUAAUCUGGGAUACUGAAUGUCAUAUGUUUAUUAAUAGUAAUACAAAGCGUCAACAAUAAAUCUACAGAUAUAAGAAAAAAACUUAUAUAUAUACAUUAUACAUGUUAAGCCAAACGUGAAACUCGCAUCCGAGACGGAGUAAAUAAUAUAAUUAUUAAUCAUUCUUAUAACAGUAAUACAUACUGAUAAAUGUCAUCUAGCUAUCUGUUCAGGGUAUUGGAGCGAAAGACAUUUAUCACGUAUAGACAGUCUUGAGGUAUUAUAAAUUGUCGUGGGAUAAUAUUUUCUUGGAAAGUAGGUAAAUUUGAGUCGUGACGUAUCGGCGUAUGACGUAUCAUGUUUUCAAUCAAACUGUGCAAGGCGCGAUAUGCCUUCGAAAAUUUUAUUUACUUUAAAGAUGUCUAUUUUGCUUGUCCAACUAUAGCAGCCUGUGUUCAAAAUAUAUAUUCGGAGACGUUAAUAGUUCCUUGCAGUUUCUAUUCUUUAUAGGCAAUAGUAAUAAAAUAUAUAAUUCAUGUAUAGAUUCAUGUAAUUUGAUUGUAUAAUCAAAUUAAUCAUUCGCAAUUAGAACAAUUGAAACUUCAAAGGUCCUCUCAUUUUUUUUAAUAAUCAUUUUUCUUUGUACAAUUUUUCCGUUUCGAUCUGCCAUCUUUAAAUGUCCUAUUUUUCUACAUUGAAUAUUCCAAUUAGCGUGUACCAACGGUAACAACAAUAUUAAAAAAUAAAAUUAUGUUUUCCGAAUGCAUAAACUGCUUACUGUAAAACGUUGAUGGACCGAACCCAAGCCGAUCAAAAAUAUCAUUAUUUUGUCAAGCACUAGUAAAUAAGAAUAUUUAUGUGGUGCAAUACAUAGCAUAGAGAUCCUCUGUUAUUUAAUCAUUGGCUGUAUAAAUUAUUUUAUGUAUUCAAAAUAAAAAAAAAACGUACAGUUA